AGAGAUUUUUCUCACUUUCCUCGGAACUGUGAUGGGAAACGCUUACGCUCUUACCUAAGCAUAAUGAUCAAAAGGUAAACCUAAUUAAGGCAUCCAACAGCAGGUGAACAAUUCUCCUCGAUCCAGUGUAAUUUACUCAACGAUAAGGGCAAGAAGAACGUUAAUACCUGAGAAUAGUAACGAAAACUUCGAAAAAUGGGCGAUAUAAAAUCCUUCUUCCACCAGUGGUGUGCGAAGAACGGCAAAGAACCGCAAUUUGAUGUUAGACCAACAGGACCGAAGCACAGACAACGUUUCCUUUGCGAACUACGAAUACCUGGGUUCGACUAUGUUGGCGCAGGAAAUUCGACUAACAAGAAGGACGCGCAAGGAAAUGCCGCGAGAGAUUAUGUCAACUAUUUAGUACGUACAAAUCGCGUGAAUUCAAGCGAUGUACCGAAAGAUGCUGGAAUACCGACGAUGACACCGGAUGCUAUUAAGAACGAAGUUUUAACACCAAUAAAAUCGGUGUUUCAAGGAGGCAUGGGACCGAAUGACAUUGGUCAAGCAUAUAGGCCGUACAAUGAACAUGGCCAGAGUAAUUAUACAUACAUGGAUAGGCUGGCUGAUCAAAAGAAAGUGGAAGAUGCUGAGGACGUUGACGUGAACUCUGGGAUACACGGGAACUGGACGAUAGAAAAUGCCAAGUCCAAGCUACAUCAAUUUAUGCAAACUAACAAAAUUAAUGCAGAUUACAAAUAUACUCCGGUCGGUCCGGAUCAUACGAGGAGUUUUAUGGCAGAAAUGUCACUUUAUAUUAAACAACUUGGACGAACUAUAACUGGCCGCGAAACUGGAUCAAACAAACAAACAGCUUCAAAAAGUUGUGCUUUAUCUAUUGUUCGCCAACUAUAUCAUCUAGGUGUAAUUGAAGCAUUUAGUGGUACAUUAAAAAAGAAUAAGGAUACUGAACAGAUGAGACCUUAUCCUGUCAAAAUCUCACCGGAACUGGAGAGUCAGAUUCACGACGUUCUAAUGAGUUUAGAUAUAAGACCAAUUGAUAUUAAACAGUCAUCGAUUACAACAGAAGAUAAUAAUACAACUAUACCGAAAGACGACAAAGAUACAUUAACUGGCGUAUCUUUGCUAACAAAUCAAGUUUUGGACGACUUCAUAUCUUCCGUACCGCAACCCGCUGGUGUCGUAAGCUGGUCACCACCUCAGCCAAAUUGGAAUCCAUGGACUGGAUGUAAUAUAGAUGAGGGACCGCUGGCAACAACAUCUCUAGAUCAAUUGUCAGAAGAUUUAAUGAACGAACAACGAGAAAAGCUGCAGCAGGACUCCAAUUUGCAGGCAAGCAUCAAAGAAAGAACAAGUCUGCCCGUUUUCAACAAAAAAAGCGAGAUCAUGAAUGCAAUUAAUGAAAAUCCAAUCAUUAUCAUACGUGGAAAUACGGGAUGUGGUAAGACUACGCAGGUUUGCCAGUUCAUUCUGGACGAUUAUAUCGCAUCCGGUCAAGGUGCAUAUUGCAGUAUAGUUGUCACUCAACCCAGACGAAUCUCCGCCGUUUCCGUGGCUGACCGAGUCGCCGUCGAGAGAUGCGAGGCUUUGGGACAGUCGAUUGGAUAUUCCGUGAGGUUUGAGUCGUACUUACCGAGACCCUAUGCUAGUAUAAUGUUUUGCACUAUUGGUGUACUCUUGAGAAAGCUGGAAGGUGGUCUUAGAGGCGUAUCGCACGUUAUAGUUGAUGAGAUCCAUGAGCGAGAUGUCAAUUCAGAUUUCAUUAUGGUGGUACUCAGAGAUAUGAUCCAUCUCUAUCCUGAUCUCAGAAUCAUCCUCAUGUCUGCUACAAUUGAUACAACAUUGUUCAGCGAGUAUUUCAACAAGUGUCCUGUGGUGGAGAUUCCUGGUAGAGCGUAUCCCGUUCAGCAAUACUUCUUGGAGGACUGUAUACAGCUGACGAAUUUUUUUCCACCUACAAGUUCUGGGAAACGUAAAUCUAAGGACUCGGACGAUUUGCCAAUACCGGACGCAGAACCAGAAGAAAAUCUGAAUAAAGUCAUUGGCAAUAAUUAUUCUGUUGAAACAAAAAACGCUAUGGGACAGCUGACAGAGAAAGAGAUAAGCUUUGAGUUAAUAGAGGCGCUACUUAUGUAUGUUAAAAGACAGGAUAUUCCAGGUGCUGUACUGAUUUUCCUCCCUGGAUGGAAUUUGAUAUUCGCGUUGAUGAAACACCUUCAGCAACAUUCUCUCUUUGGCGGAUCAUCUUAUCUCAUUAUCCCACUACACUCGCAAUUACCGAGAGAAGAUCAGCGUAAAGUUUUUGAUCCUGUUCCAUCAUUUGUAACGAAGAUUAUUUUGUCCACAAAUAUUGCAGAAACUUCAAUCACGAUCAACGAUGUCGUCUACGUUAUAGAUUCUUGCAAGGCCAAAAUGAAGUUAUUCACUUCGCACAAUAAUAUGACUAAUUAUGCAACUGUUUGGGCCAGUAAAACGAAUCUCGAACAACGUAAGGGUAGAGCGGGUCGCGUUAGGCCUGGCUUCUGUUUCCAUUUAUGCUCAAAAGCCCGAUUCAAUAAGAUGGAUGAACACAUGACACCAGAAAUGUUCAGGACGCCUCUGCACGAAUUGGCGUUGAGUAUCAAGCUAUUAAGAUUAGGCAAUAUCGGUCAAUUCUUAUCAAAAGCAAUUGAGCCGCCUCCCAUUGAUGCCGUGAUUGAAGCGGAAGUUGUAUUAAGAGAAAUGAAAUGCUUGGAUAAAAACGAUGAAUUAACGCCUCUUGGCAAGAUUUUGGCGCGUUUACCUAUAGAACCGCGGUUGGGAAAAAUGAUGAUCCUAGGAUGUAUGUUUCGCGUGGGCGACGCGCUCUCGACGAUGGCCGCAAAUAGUACCACUUUCCCCGAGGUAUACAACAUGGGUCCGGAUGUGAAAAGGCUGACUGCUCAGCAAAAGUGGUUUGCCGGUGCUAGAUUCAGCGACCAUGUCGCAAUGUUUCAUGCUUUUCAAGCAUGGGAAGAAGCGAGAACAGGUGGCGAAUGGGCAGAACAGACAUUCUGUGAUUCAAAGAGCCUGAGUCUACCAACUUUACGAAUUACCUGGGAAGCUAAGAACCAACUACAAGCGCUAUUGCAAAGCGCUGGUUUUCCCGAGGAGACUUUGUGCCCCAUGCCACUAAAUUAUCAAGCAGGUGCGGAUCCGCGUCUCGACACCAUCACUGCACUGUUGUGCAUGGGUCUGUACCCCAAUGUGUGCUAUCAUAAGGAGAAGCGGAAAGUUCUCACCACAGAAUCGAAGGCUGCGCUGAUUCAUAAAACAUCGGUGAAUUGCAGCAACUUCGAACAAAACUUUCCAUUUCCGUUCUUCGUGUUUGGUGAAAAGAUUCGCACAAGAGCUGUAUCUUGCAAGCAAAUGACUAUGGUGUCGCCUAUACAUCUAUUACUAUUUGGGUCACGAAAAGUAGAAUACGUGGAUGGCGUGAUUAAACUGGACAACUGGAUCAACUUAGAUAUGAAUCCGCAACAUGCAGCAGCUAUCGUUGCUCUGAGACCAGCUUUAGAAAGUCUUGUAGUUAGGGCAUCCAAGGAUCCAGAAACAAUUCUAGAAUUGAGUCCGACUGAGGAAAAGAUAUUGAGCGUGAUUAAGGCAUUAUGCAGCAUGAAUGCUUGUCGUCAUGAGUUGGAGCCGAUAACCGGCGGUGGUUUUCAAUCAGCGCGACCCCCCAGGGGACAUGUAACCGGUUUCCGCGGUAAUUUUAACACACCUCCAAAAAUGAUGCGGGGAGGUGGAGGUUAUCGCGGUCCAGUCUCGAAUAACGAGUCUUAUGGUGGGAAUAGUGGCGGCUUUAAUGAUAACCGCAGCGGUGGUUACAAUAGAGGAAGUUACAACAGGGGAUAUAUGGGCAGUCCGCGCGGUCGAGGUGGAAACUGGAAUAAUAGUGGCAAUCGUGGACGUUACUUUAAUUAAUAUUUUGUUUAAACUAACUGUAAUUAGUGUUGCUAUUUAUACUUUAGAAUGCAAUUCAGGAUUUAUAAUUCUAGACAUUGAUCUGAAGUGUCUUAGUGUAUUGCCUUCCUUCUUACUUUGGUUGACGAAGGUGAUACACUUUAAGUUACUGUCCAGAAUUAGAAAUCAGCACAUAUUAGAUUGAAUUACUUAAUUGCAUGGAUAGUUCAAUUUUUGUCUAGAAUUUUUUAUUUCUCCAAGAAACAGUGCAAUGUCGAAUUACCGUCUCUCUUGUAACGAUAAGGAAAUUCCCUCUAUAGAAUGGAAGCGAGACAUUAUGAUUAUACAAUAAUAGCGGCAAUAUGGAAUGAGUUGAAUGUGUUAGUUCGAGCUAUCAUAAAAGUGAAAAGGGGACUGAAAAAGGGAUUAAGCCUUCAAAAAUUUUACAAUGUUUGCAAGCUUAAUAUAUUUUCACUAAACAUUCAAAUGUAUGUGAUAGAAUGGCUGAAGUCAAGAAUGGCUGAGAGGAAGUCCGUGACCUUCACCGAACGAUGGUUUCAACACAUCAGCUUAAAGACAUCUAUCUUGCAGGCAUAGCAUUUUUGUCAAAAUGAAAAGUAUCGUCAUAUGAAGAGAAAGAAACCUAAAUUGAACAAUACAAUUUCGUCGCUAUUACCAUAAUUCUGGACGGAAGUUGAGUUGCUCAUGUAUAUAUGUAGGUUUAGGUUGGAGAUUGAUAUUAUAUUAUUAUAUAAUAGUAUAUAUACUAUAAAGAUACAUCCGGAUUAUUGAACCGAACUUAAAGAUGAGCUAUGAGUUAAAGUCAUGAGCGUCACAAACAUUUCUCCGAUCCAUACUGUAGUUUCAAUUUUUUUUUUAAUUUAUUUUAAAAAAAUAGGUUGUCACCUAUUUUUCGAAGCAAGUCUUAUGAAGAUUAAUACAGUUAGAUCACGUUUUAUGGGAUAUAUGGAAAUAUGUGAUGUUUCUUUGCAGAGUCCCAAAAUCUAUUUUUAGUAAGUAUUUGUAUUCUCGUUUAUGCGAGGAGCUUGCAUUGACUCUGGAAGCAUCGCACUGAAGGAAAUAAGUUUGAGUUAAUCGAGGAAUCUCUAGCCCUCGAAGAGACUAUUACAGGAUCUUGAUCCAAAUUUGUUGCAUGGAGUUGUGACGCUUUAUGUUGAAUCGGAAGUCCAAACAGAGGAAUCUCGAGAAGAAGAAAAAGUAAACACUUAUGUAGACUUCUGUGUUAGGGCGGGCGUGGAAUAAACUCUUUUCGCCCACUAUUCAGAUCGUCAUUGUAACAGUGAUUUCAAUUGUGAUAUCUUUCAUUUAGUGA